AUGACGCUCCAGACGCGCGCGCUUACUGUCUUGCCGCACGACGUUCGCCCUGGCCAUGCAGUACAACACUUCGUAGGAAAUUAUUCUCGCUACACUCUACUUGACCCCGAGUACGCCUCUUACUUUACUCUUCUAGACGAUGGACUUCUAAUGACAAUUGCCGACUUAGCGCCCUUACUGGAUCAAUCAUUGAAUCUCGCUAUAUUAGAACAAACACCGUUUAGCAGUUCAGCACAUUCGGUACAUCUACGUAUAGUAGAUCGUCGGAAAAUGCUUAGUUUCCCGACAUCCAACGGACUGCGUGGAGAAAUUUUAGAAAAUGCACCAGCAGGCUCUGUUAUUGAUCUUCCACCUAUAAGGGCUACAGCGCUGCUAAAUGUGGGGCAGAUAGCUUACAAAAUAAUAAAAGGAAACGAAGAUGCCUUAUUUGCUUUACGAGAAAAGACUAAGAGUGGAAUUCCUGAAGUCGCAUCAGUAAUUACAGAAGGUGACGUGGAAAUAAUUGCCAUGAGGCCGCUCGAUGCUGAAGCAAAGAGAACGUACGAUUUGGUCCUUCAGGCAACAGAUUUAAAAGGUGUUAAUAAGGCAAGUCUUCCUAUCAAAGUAUAUGUAACAAAUGAAAAUGAUCAUGAACCGAUUUUCGAACAAGAUAUAUAUUAUUUUGCUGUUAAUGGAACGUUAGAUCAAAACAGUGAUAACGCUACAGCGCACUGGCAAAGAUUUUCAAACAUUGGCAAGGUUCAUGCAAUUGAUGCAGACGGUGAUCGCGUGUAUUAUACCUUGAAGGCGGCUAGUAAUCUGGCUGUUAUUGUACCACAAACGGGAGAUUUAAUUCUAGUUGGUAAACCCAAUAGUCACGGCGCUGAGUUGCAAGUGCUUGCACACGAUACUGGCUCACCUCCGCGUGAGAGUCGAGUGGCUCAUGUCUUCCUUGAGUUCGUAGUACGUGAUCAGAAAGAUCUGCCUACUUUACAUCGACAAAAGCGACGUGUUACCCGAGCUGUACGACCUACGAAGCGUAUAGAAUUUACCGAAGCUGACGGUGAAGUUGAAGGACGUGCGGUCUUUACGCUCGAAAAAGAAACUGAUCGUGAAACAUUUAAAAUCCGGGACGAAAAUCCGUGGGUCACUGUUGAACCUAGUGGUGUAGUGAAAGUUAAAAAGAAGUGGGACUAUGAAGAGUUAGGGCCUGAGAAGACCAUUGACUUUUGGGUUACCAUCAGCAACGCUGGAAACGGAGUGUCUUUAAAAUACACGGACAACCAACGGGUAAUCAUCCACGUGAAGGAUGUCAACGACGAGCCCCCUUACUUCAUCAAUCGGCCUCUACCAAUGCAGACUGUAGUCCAGUUAAAUGCGGCUCCGAAUACCCCGGUUUUCACGCUUCAAGCUAGAGAUCCCGACACGGAUCACAAUAUUCAUUACUUUAUCGUCAGAGAUCGGACCGGUGGGCGUUUUGAAGUAGACGAGAGGUCAGGCGUCGUUCGCACUAGGGGAACAGAUCCUUUUCAAUUAGAUAUGGAGUACGUCCUGUACGUGAAGGCUGAAGAUCAGAGCGGCCGUGUUGAUGAGAGAAGAUUUCAGUCGACGCCGGAAGAGAGGCUCAGCAUCGUAGGCGGUAAACGUGCGCCACAGUUUUAUCUUCCCAACUACGAGGCGGAGAUUGCCGAGAACCAAAAGAAAGAUUCAGAUAUAAUAUCAGUGAAGGCGAAAUCUUUCGCGGAUCGUGAGAUCCGUUACACAUUAAAAGCACAAGGGCAGGGAGCGGGUACCUUCAACAUCGGACCUACUUCAGGCAUCGUGAAGCUGGCAAAAGAAUUGGAUUUCGAGGACUUGCGACAGCCGCACGUAUAUUCCCUGGUCGUGACUGCUACUGAAGAUUCCGGCGGAUUUUCUACUUCUGUUGAGUUGACUAUCCGAGUUACCGAUGUAAAUGACAACGCGCCUAAAUUCGAGCUACCCGAUUACCAAGCGCACAACGUCGAUGAAGAUAUCGCCAAAGGCACAAGUAUACUGAAAGUGAAAGCCAUGGAUGCCGAUUCCGGGAAAAAUGCUGAAAUCGAAUAUUUAGUUUCAGACGAUCACUUCGCCGUAGACAACAAUGGCAUUAUCACGAACAAUAAGCAGCUGGAUGCGGAUAACAAUAACGCCUAUUAUGAAUUUGUUGUCACAGCGAAAGAUAAAGGAGAACCAGCAAAAACUGGAACUGCUACAGUUCGAGUUUACACUAAAAAUAAAAAUGAUGAGGAACCAAAAUUCUCACAACAAGUUUACACACCCAAUGUAGAUGAAAAUGCUGGACCAAACACUUUGGUUACAACUGUAGUAGCUUCCGAUAAAGACGGUGACAAUGUCCGCUUCGGGUUUGUUGGUGGUGGAACUAGUUCAGGACAAUUCGUCAUUGAGGAAAUAACUGGUGUAAUACGGUUACAUAAUAAACCUAUAUCAUUAGAUAGAGACAAGUACGAACUAAAUGUAACAGCAAUGGAUGAUGGUGCUUGUUGCGUGAAUGGAGAUGCUACAAUACAUACAUCGACAGCUGUUGUAGUGGUGUUUAUAACAGAUGUAAAUGAUAAUAAACCUAUUUUCAAAGACUGUCCUACAUAUUUUCCUAAAGUAGAAGAAGGAGCUCCAAACGGUAGCCCUGUAAUAAAAGUACAUGCAACGGAUGAAGAUAAAGGUGUAAAUGGUCAAGUAAAAUAUUCAAUUGUCCAACAACCUAAUCAGAAAGGAACAAAGUUUACAGUAGACGAGGAAACGGGUGAAGUGUCUACAAAUAAAGUAUUUGACAGAGAGGGCGACGAUGGAAAAUUUGUUUCGGUAACGGUAAAGGCUACUGACCAGGGUGAACCAUCGUUAGAAGGUGUUUGUUCAUUUACUGUAGAAAUAACUGACGUAAAUGACAAUCCACCACUAUUCGAUAGACAAAAAUAUGUGGAGAAUGUUAAACAAGAUGCUAGUAUAGGAACUAAUAUACUGAGAGUGUCCGCAUCUGAUGAAGAUGCGGAUAAUAAUGGUGCAAUUAUUUACACCCUCAGUGCUCCUUAUAACCCUGCUGAUAUAGAAUAUUUUGAGAUCCAACCCGAAUCGGGUUGGAUCGUACUUAAGAAGCCUCUCGACCGGGACAGGUACCGACUGCGCGUGCGUGCCUCCGACAGAGGCGACCCGCCCUCCUCUGCAGACGUGGACGUUGAAUUAGACGUGGUAGACAGGAACAAUAAGCCCCCCAUCUGGGACAUGUCCACGUAUGGCCCCGUUCACAUCAAAGAGAAUGUCACACGAGAAACGUACAAGUUGGAGGCUAUGGCUCAAGACAAGGGCUUCCCACCCUUGUCCAGAACCGUGGAGGUCCAGAUAGACGUAGUGGAUCGUGCGAACAAUCCCCCUGUGUGGGACCACACAGUGUACGGACCGAUCUACAUUCGAGAGAAUUUGCCCGUGGGUGCCAAAGUGGUGUCCGUUAAAGCAAGUUCUGGGAUUGAGAACAACCCCACAGUGUUUUAUCGAUUGAUGCCUGGUUCCACGGCCCAAACUAACAAGUUUCAUACAUUCUACUUGCAACAAAGAUCUGAUAACGGAUUUACGUGGGCCGAUAUAAAAGUCAAUCAUCCUUUGGAUUACGAAAGCAUCAAGGAAUACAAUUUGACGAUACGAGUAGAGAACAACGGUGCCCAGCAAUUGGCUUCAGAAUCAACUGUUUACAUAAUGCUUGAAGAUGUCAACGACGAAAUACCUCUGUUUACGGAACGAGAGCAAGAGACCGUCCUCGAGGGCGAGCCUAUUGGGACGAAAGUUACGCAAGUCAACGCCAUCGACAAAGACGGCACGUUUCCGAACAAUCAAGUUUAUUAUUACAUCGUGGAUUCGCCGCGCAACGAAGGCAAGGACUUCUUUGAAAUCAGCAUGCAGACUGGCGAGAUCUUCACAAAGGUGGUGUUCGACAGGGAGAAGCAGGGAGCGUACGCGUUGGAGGUGGAGGCACGCGAUGGUGCACCAUCGGCGCGGCCCAAUUCUGACAACCAACCAAAUUCAGAGUAUAUCGAAGUUACAUCGAGAAUAUGCAGUGAUGCAGAAAAAUAUAGCGACAUGUUGCGAUUGAAGCCAAAAAAUAUAGUGAUGCAGAAAAAUAUAGCGACAUGUUGCGAUUGA